CACGAUCGAAGAAGUUUGUUUGAAUCCUUGACCCUGUGUGAGCAAAUUUGCUUCUUGUUAUCGUCUGCUUGGAUACUAGUAGGUUACAGCUGUCCCUGGGCCCAACAGCCGUAUUCCGAAGGUCGCCAUGUUUUCCAGACUCGUUUUUAGUGCCUCUGGCGUCGGCCGUGGACCACUGAAUGCUCGCUGUCGUCUGUUCUCGUCCUCGAUCAGUCGCAGAGCUCCAGCUGUCGAGAAUCCUCCGAACCUGAAAGCCAGGCGACGGCCGCUGAAGGUGCACCCAGCCAAUACGGACAAGCCGCGUCCGAUGCGGCCAAACGUACUGGCGAAAUUCGCUGGGUACACUUGGAAAAGGAUGGGCACCCUUGGCGUGGGUGUGUUCGUCACAGGCACGGGGAUAGCGUUCGCCUUCAUCGUGAUCCGUGCGAAACUGCUCAAGGAGGACGACACGAGCGCAGAUCUCUGCAUUGACGAGAAGUACAGGCGAAAAGUGUUCGAAGUGUGCGCACCGGACUAUGACGACCUCGUGUGCCGUGGAGAGGGCAUGCUGGGCAUCAAGCGGCUGAGACGCAACAUCAUCGGCAAAGCACAGGGCAAGGUGCUGGAGCUGGCCUGUGGCACGGGCACCAACUUCCAGCACUACGACAAGGAGAAGGUGACGGAGGUCAUCGCGCUGGACCUGAGCCCCAAGAUGGUGGAGACGGCACGCAAGAAGCCCGAGAGCCUGUUCAUCAGGGAGCUGCGCGUGGGCAACUCGGAGGACCUGUCGCAGUUCGCCGACGGGACGUUUGACACGGUCGUGGACAGCUUCGGCCUGUGCAGCUACGAGCGGCCGGAACGGGCGCUGGCCGAGAUGCGGCGAGUGCUGAAGGACGACGGCACCAUCCUGCUGCUGGAGCACGGCCUGUGCAAGCGGACCUACUUCUGGAUGACCAAGAUACUCAACGUCAACGCGCAGCGGCACGCGGAGCACUACGGCUGCUGGUGGAAUCGCAACAUCAUGCGCAUGGUGUACGACGCCGGCCUGGAGACACCGUACUUCCGCAUGCGCCACUUCCGCUCCACGUUUUUCAUCGUGGCCAAGAAACCCGCCGCCCAGCCGGGAGACGGGUCGGUGACAGCAGACAAUGGUACCAGUGCUGCCACCACUGCUGGGACAUUCACUCUGCGGUGAUGAGGUCGUCCGUGUCCACCACCACCAUUCGGGGCGGGUCACACUUCCAGCAGAGCAAGCAGUGCGACGGCGUCGGGUCGCCAUGGCACCCAGUGCACUCGGCAACAGCACCGACGCGCUCGCAUGCGCGCGAACGAGUCACUGUGCUGAGAGCGCCCGGCCAUGUUGUGUGGAUCAUGUGCGUUGUCGUCCGUCGCCUCGUGACACAAGCAGAGCAGCUCACACUGUACUAAAUGAAGCACAUGCUGUUGGCCCAGUCCGGUCCGUCAGGCAUGCCAGUAGAGCCAGCCUCUCACCUGUAGGGAAUGAUGCUCGCGAGGCCCACUGCAGUGUCCAGUGUCCUUGCUGGUAUGGUCGUCAUGGUAAUGAUGGCGGACCACGCUGUGAGUUGUUGUCACACCAAUGACGCUGGAGGAUUUCGGCACGGGCUAUGUCUGUCUGCGUGGCGACGCAUCGGUGCUUGGCUUUUCUGUUCUGCACCGCGGAUGUGCAUGAUGAUGUUUGUGUAGAUUCCGAGUGUGUGCGUGAAUACUGGAAUGUGUGUGCAACCGCCAUCUUCGGACGCAUCUGCCAGUGCACUCGCUCAGUGCUGCUAUCCCUAGCUCCGUGCGGAGUAGUAAUUCAAGUACUCACUGCUACCUGCCUUUGGGCAGUCUGCAUGCCAGUGGACACACGUAAGAUAAGUUCUCCUUGCUGUCUUCUGCUGAACGGCGGGAACAAGUCUCGGCUGCUAUCACUGCCUGCCAUCACUGUGUGCUAUUACCAUGAUUUCAAGCUGCUAUUACUGGCUGAUAUCACUGCCCGCUGCCUGCUAUUGCUAUAGCAGCGUUACAACGGUGGCAUGUGCUGACCUGCUUGUCCAACAGCAACAUGGCUUGUGACUUCUUCGGAGCCUGCUGGCCAUGCUCAUACGUGCCUGCUUUUGCGGAGUGUAUGCACGCUCACUAUCGUUGGCUUGAAGCGCUUCUGCUACUGCUGAUGACGCCAAUGCUGCUACUGGUGUGUACUGGCCCAGCACACGCAUACUAUCCUGUACAAUCCUCUGUGUCUUGCUUUCAGACGCAUUGCAUCAGCUACCUGUCCUAUUUAUUUUAUUGAUCUAUUUUCAACCUCCUUGUACUUACUUGAAGUACGUACAUACCCCCUCCACAGUCAGACAAUAUGUAACUCUGCAGCUUGUGUGCAACCGCCGGAGGAUGCACCCAGUGAGUGUGCUGCCAGUGCUCA